CACUGGAGGUACAGACAAUUAUUGCUGUUACUGUUUGUAUUUUAAUCUUGUUCGUUUUAGAUAAACGAUUGAUAUACACAGUAUAUGCUGUGAAUUCUGAUAUCACUGAAUCACAAGCAAUAACUAAUUUAGGUUCAAUUGGCGCCCAGGCCAAUCAAUUUAUUGGUUAUUCGCCCAAUAUACUUACCACUGCAUCAGCCAAUUACUAUGUUGGUCCUGUCACAAACAUCGGAAAUAGGCGAAGAAAACGAGAAGUACAAUCUUGUUUUACAACGUCAUGUGAGACAAGCCAUAAAUUGGUCAUCGGAACUUAUAUCAAUGCAUGCCCUCAUUCGAACUGUCGUACAUCUCGUUGUCUUGACGCAUGUGUUCCGAAAAUUAAAACAGAAAUUCGAUCAAAAAUGCCUUCCACUCCAUUCUUGUUCAGCAUCACAAAAGCCGAUGGAACUUCUUCCACGAUUUUGGCUCAAUUUUGUUCACUGGAUCAUCUUGCUCCAGUGGCAACUACAACCGUUCCAACGGCGAUGGCAAUCACAACCGUUCCAGCGGCGAUGGCAAUCACAACCGUUCCAGCGGCGAUGGCAAUCACAACCGUUCCAACGGCGAUGGCAAUCACAACCGUUCCAACGGCGAUGGCAAUCACAACCGUUCCAACGGCGACGGGAAUUACAACAACACAAAGUAAGCAAUAA